UUUUCAAGCGAUCAAGCGAAACAGAUAGCCUCUUUUUUGGCGCGAAAUCUGAUUUGACAUUCCAUUCGCUUGUAUGAAAGCUGUGAAGCUUCACCAUAGCCGCCAAUGCUACGAGCAAUUUGAACUACAUGCUCCCCGUUUCAAAAGUACGGAUCGGAGGACUAUUCUCGUAAGAUCAAGUGAGAUUAGUUGUCAAAGUUAGGUGAAGUAUAGAUGAUUUCUUAUGAAGUACUAUAGUAAUUCAAAUCAUCCUUUAAUAAUUUAGAGGGUAAGAUGAACGACUGAAACAGUACUCUCUUAACCGGGUCUCUAUGAAUGGAACAAUUUCCUUGUUAAGGUAUCAACAAAAGACAACGCACAUGUUUUGAAUAACUCAUGACAAUCAAUGCAUUGUAAAUAUCGGAAUUCAAUCACCAUAGUAUGUGAAUACAUUAACAACUCGUCUCUUUGCGCAAUGAUACUUCUUAGAAUCUAAAGGCCGUUUGCGAGCUGUGCUUUUGUAAGAACGCCUAUACGUGCUUAUGUGUGAACACCGAUUAGUUGUAAGCUAAAAAGUGGACGAGACAACACAGCACUUGCAUCAUGUCGUCAUCACCCACUACAACUCCGACAUCGCCUCGCUCGAGAAUGGAGGCAACGAAGACAGGUAUCCAUGGUCGAUUGUAUCGCAUCAAGAAAACAUGCGCACGUGUUCGGCUACUAGAUCUCGACAACGAGGAAGCUCGGGUCGACAUCGCCAUCCUCCGUCGGAUCUUAGGCUUAGGCAUCAACGAUCUCCGCGAUGUUCUUCGCCGCAGCGCCCACGUCCACGUUGACUUGAUGCCGAUGAAGGCAGCCCCUCGUAUCUUUCAGCGGAGCAGUGCGCCGUGGAACGUGGUCAACAUCCGACUCGCAAAUGGUGAACCGGUGGAUAAAGCAGCAGCCGUCUUUGCCAACCCAGCCGCCUAUUUCAUUGGGAAACGAAACAUGCAAAUUCCUUUCAAGCGAUCACGGCCGUGUAUCAGGCCAGAGAUGACGGGGAUCGUUGUGGAGGCGAUCUGGAGUAUCUUCACUGAGAUGGAUGUUGCAAGUAUCGAUGUCAAGGAUAUGCUGGAGAAACUGAAGGGUCGUUUCAACAAGAAUGAGCUACCGGUGAUUCAUGGGGAGAGUCAAACUCUAUAUCAGAGAUUCCGGAGAUGGUUUAUGACUCUUCCUCUCUACUUCACACUAAGAUGGGGCAAGGAGGACGGAGCGACCAUGAUAUCUCUCCAUCCAGGGUUCGUUGAAGCUGACAUCCAGAAGGAGAUACGACGUCGAGCUCUUCUUCUCUUCAAGCGACGCAGUAGGAACGGACGAAGGCGUAAUCGUAGUCGUAGUCUUAGCAUUGGCAGUGAACACAGCGAUGGGGAUGUGUCUAUUCUUGAAGAACAGACACCAAUCCGUGCUAGCACUGCCCGAGUCCCGGUCAUCAACGAAUCUGCUAAGUGCUCCGUGGUUGUCGAUACAUUGUUCAAAGAUUCGGCUAAAGCUGGGAUGCUUGUCAUCAGCUUCGAUUGCAAAGGACCCAUUACAGAAGAUGAAAAGAUGGAUAUAACCCUCGUCCAACUGUCAACCAUUGAUGGUGAAGUAUGGAUAUUUGACGUAACCGAGAAAGAGGGAAAGACAUCUUUGAUGAAAGAAGGACGCCUUAAAGAACUACUGGAAGCGGAUCGCGUCAUGAAAGUCAUGCAUGAUUGUCAGAAAACUGCCUCUAAUCUCUACCGUCAGUUUGGGGUCAAGUUGGCUAACGUUUUUGAUACAACGUUGGCUUAUGAGACAUUGCUCAAUCAGUGUAACAUCUUCCCGGUCGAGCGUGAGGUUGCCCGACAUCGCAUUGAUCUAGGCUCUCUGUGUGAGAUGGUAGGAGAGAAAUAUACAGGCGAAGAUGAUAAGAUGUCUGAGAUUCUAAAGAACAACCCUCACAUGUGGCAGGACCGUCCUCUAUCUGAAGAUUUGGUGAAGAAUGCUGCUGGAACCGUCAGAGCCUUGGUACCUCGAGUCUUCAACAAACUCGAUCGCCUCAUACAUCCUGCCUGGCAGCAGUAUUUUGAUUGGAUGUGUGAAGAAACCCUUCGGCAGGCCCAACCUACCAACUAGAAGGAUGAGAAUACUACCGCUGAAUCGGUCGAUCAGACAUGUGUCUCAUACAACGAUGGCAUGACAAGAUUGAAAAAAGAACGCUCUUUCAUAACUAUUUAGUUAGUUGUUCGUAGUUGGACAAUAAAGAUUAAAGUCCUGUGUUGAGAUUUAGCGAGCCAAAGAACGCAGUGGUCAUGACAAAAACCAUGUAAUUGGUAGAUCCAAGAAGCUCUCUAUUAAUUAUUUCGGAUAAUUUAUGGUAGACAUGGUACCUGUGAUACUUAUGUAGAUUUUAAGAGUAUUGAGAUGACCUUAAAAAGAGCUUCCAUGAAGUAGUUGGACGAACUGACUUAUAUUGUUUAAAUGAUAGGAUGAGUACCCAUUGUUUUGAAAGUUCAUUUUACUCUUUUAAAGGAAAAAUACAUCCACGAUUGUUGCAGCCUUCUAUCGAAAGAGUGAAUAGGGGUUCAGAACCCAUAUCUUUGCAAAAUUAUUGGAUAGUUUGAUGUAACUGUAUUGAUUUGUAUGAAGAUGUUUCAAUGACUAUACUGCAGUGGAAUUCUGUAGGCCUAAAGUAGCGUAAACUUUUCGAAAAAUAUCUAAAUAAAGACCAGUAGGCGUAUAUCCUUGGUAAAUGAGAAAAUGUGAUUAUAACAAUAGAAUUUCUUUGAACAUCUUUGAUUAAAUGUUUCCGAGAUAAGGUAACUCCUCACUAAUAGGCUUGAAUACGAUACGACCGUGCAUAUUGUUUUCAUAACCAACACUUUGUAUGUUGGGAAAGAAAAUUAAGAUCUAGGAAUUAUAUCAUGUGAACUGACUAAUAACGGAAUAAAAAAUAAAAAUCAUUGAUAAUAUCUGUACAAGAUUUUUCUCUUGUGUAUUCUUGAUGGAGGGUACCCAAGAGUGAUGAUGAUCUAAUUUGGGCGAUACAAAUAUGAUUUUGAUGAUGUCAAAUGGUGGUAUAAAGUUUGUUUAUCUUAGGCGAGUUUAUGUCAAAAUGUAACCGUGUCCAGCCAUACUAUAUUGUCAAAUUUUGAUUUGUUAAAAUGCAGACUUGUUUGCUUAAAGGAAAAGACCACCCCAAAAAACAAAUUAUUUGAAUAAAAAGAGAAAAAUCCAACAAGCAUAACACUGACAAUUUUAUCAAAAUCGGAUGCAAAAUAAGAAAGUUAUGACAUUUUUACGUCUCGCUUAAUUUCACAAAACAGUUACAUGCACAUCCUGGUCGGCGUGCAAUUGAGGGAACUGAUGACAUCACUCACUAUUUCUUUUGUAUUUUAUUUCAUGAAAUAUGAAAUAUCCUAAUUUUCCCCUCAUUGUCCUGUAAAACAAAGUUUUCUUUCUGCCUUAACAUGUGGAAUUACAAUUGUUUAAUAUUUUAUGGAUCAGUAGAGUUUAUUAUUUUCAAAACUGUAAAAAUUGAAAUAUUGCUUAAUUCAAACAUUAAAAAACAAAAGAAAUAGUGAGCGAGGGACAUCAUAGAUUCUCUCAUUUGCAUGUGACUAAAUUGUGCAUAUAACUACUUUGUGAAAAAAUAAGCGAAACUUUAAAAUAUCAUAACUUCCUUAUUUUACAUCCGCUUUAAUGAAAUUAUCAGCAUUAUGGUUGUCUGAUUUUUUUAAUAUAUUAAUUCAAAACAUCAUUUUGCUGAGGUGGACUUGACCUUUAAAAAGCAGUUUUGUGAUUCAUUUUCAUUCCUCAUAAACUUCAUUAGUCACACUAAUUGACUCCCAUUUUGAUAUUGUUAAUUUAGAUUUAAACCAAUAUAUUUUCCUUUUUUUCUUCCUCAGGAUUGUUUUAUAUUGAAAGUUUUUCAUUACAUUGAUUAUCCAUGAAAGUGUUAAAAGAAAGGUUGAUGCCGAUUGACGUUCCUUAUAGUAGUGUGAAUGUUAUCGUCAUUCGGUUGUUAAUCCAACGAUAAAGGAGUAUUGCCUUUAAUAUGUUUUUUGUUUUGGA